AUGCCCGUUGAAGCUCCAUCCUCCUACAUCCCCUCCCAACCAACCCCUCAACCCCAACUUCCAACCGACCACGAUGUUUGGGAAGCCCUGUGCAAUGGCUCAGACCCCACCGCAGGGUUAUCCUACGAUGCAACCAUUUCUGCGUUAACCACCUCGGGCAUCCCGGUGGGCUGCUCUCCUGGCGGGACUAUUCCUUCCGGCCCGCCCCCGGUGUCCGGCCCAUCUCCGCUUUCUGACGUGAUGUUCCCGGAUAAUGGUCUGCUGUAUAUGGCUGAGGAUCUUCCAGUCUUUGGCAUCUGGGGGGAUGAGCCGUGA